CUCUCUUCGUCUUCACGAGGUUCCGAAGGUCCAACAAUGGCGGAGAAGCUCAACCUCUCUCUCCCUCUUCGCUUCCCAAACCCUCAUCCCUCCAAACCCCUCUUCCAAGAUCCUCCUCACCAUCUCCCCCAACCUCCUCCUUCCUUUUCCCCUCCUCCCAUCACCUCCCCUCCUCCCUCUCUCCGCCGCUCCUCACGCAAGCCCCGUCUCGGCAAAGCCCACGACCCCAACCGCGGCAAGCCCUGGUCCAUCCCCCGGGUCUCCAUCUCCGCCCACCGUGCCCUCCACUCCCUCCUCCACUCCCCUUCCCCUGACCUCCCCUCCUCCCUCUCCUCCCUCCCUCUCCGCUCCCUCAUCGACGACCUCGUUGCCAUCAUCGAAGCACUAGAAUUCCACAAGAAACCCGACCUCGCCCUCGCCGUCUUCUCCUGGGCUCGUGAAACCCAUGGCGACGCCCGUAUUCUCCCAUCCCCUAUCCUCCCCGCUGCUAUCUCCCUCCUCGGCCGCUCCUCCUCCCCUGACGCCGCUUCCUCCCUCCUCUCCGCUCUCAAAUCCACCGGCGCCGUCCCUGAUGCCUUCGCCUACACCUCCCUUAUCUCCGCCCUCGCCCGCAAUCGCCGCUAUCGUGACGCCCUCAAGGUGUUCGACGAAAUGCGCCUUCAGGAAUGCCGGCCUACUAUCAUCACCUACAACGUUGUCCUGCACGUUUAUGGUAAACUUUUCGCUCCUUGGCCUGAAAUCACUUCUCUUGUUGAUGCUAUGAAGAGUGAUGGCGUCUCUGCCGAUCAGUACACUUAUAAUACUCUGAUUAGCUGCUGUCGUCGCGGGGCACUCCACCAGGAAGCUACUGAGAUCUUUGAGGAGAUGAAAACUGCGGGCUUUGAGCCUGAUAAGGUGACUUAUAAUUCAUUGCUUGAUGUUUAUGGGAAGUCUCACAGGCAUAGAGAAGCAAUGGAUGUUCUUAGAGAAAUGGAGGCAAAGGGAUUUCCUCCAAGCAUUGUCACAUACAACUCUUUGAUAUCCAGUUAUGCAAAAGAUGGGAUUUUGGAUGAGGCAUUGGAGCUCAAGGAGCAAAUGGAGGCUAAAGGGAUUAAACCCGAUGUUAUUACUUAUACGACAUUGUUGUCGGGGUUUGAGAAAGCCGGGAAGGAUGAGUUUGCUUUGAGAAUUGCGGAUGAGAUGGAGAGGAAGGGGUGCAAGCCGAACUUAUGUACUUAUAAUGCUUUGAUUAAGAUGUAUGGGAACAGGGGGAAGUUUGAGGAGAUGAUGAAGGUUUUUGAGGAGCUGAGGGAUAAUGGAUAUGUGCCUGAUAUCGUCACUUGGAAUUCUUUGUUGUCUGUGUUUGGUCAGAACGGGAUGUAUUCGGAAGUGUCGGGGGUGUUCAAAGAGAUGAAGAGAGCUGGCUUUGUUCCUGAGAGGGAUACUUAUAAUACUCUGAUCAGUGCUUAUAGCCGGUGUGGUUCGUUUGAUCAGGCGAUGGAGAUUUACAAGACGAUGAUUACUGCUGGAAUUGGGCCUGAUCUUUCAACUUAUAAUGCAGUGUUAGCCGCAUUGGCUCGCGGAGGGCUUUGGCAACAGGCGGAGAAGAUAUUUGCAGAGAUGAAGGAUGGCAAAUGUAAGCCAAAUGAACUUACAUACUGCUCAUUGCUUCAUGGCUAUGCAAAUGCCAAGGAGGUUAAUCGAUUGCGCACUUUAGCGGACAAGAUAUACUCUGGCGAGAUUGAACCACGCAACAUGCUUUCGAAAAGUCUUGUAUUAGCGAGUAGCAAAUGCAAUCUUUUAGCAGAGGCAGAACGUGCAUUCGCAUUGCUGAGGAGAAGAGGAUGUUCUCUUGACAUAACCACAUUGAAUGCCAUGUUAUCAAUCUACGGGAAGAGGAAGAUGACAUCAAAGGUUGAAGAAAUCCUGAAAUUCAUGAAAGAAAGAGGCUUUAGUCCUAGUUUAACAACAUACAAUAGUUUGAUUAAUAUUUAUAGUCGAUCAGGGGAUUGUGAAAGGUCAGAAAAGAUUCUUCGGGAGAUCAAGCUAAGAGGCGGCCGGCCUGAUCUUUACUCCUACAAUACUGUAAUAUAUGCAUAUGGAAGACAGGGACGAAUGCAAGAUGCGUCGAGGAUAUUCUCAGAACUACAGGCUUCAGGUCUUACUCCCGAUAUCGUGACAUACAAUGUCUUCAUUGCAAGCUAUGUAACCAAUGCAAUGUUUGUCGAAGCCGUUGAUGUAGUUCGAUACAUGAUCAAGCAUGGCUGCAAGCCGAAUGAGAGCACAUACAACUCCAUUGUAGACGGUUUUUGUAAACAGGGGCGGAAAGAUGAAGCUGCGGCAUUCGUUCGCAAUCUCCAUCAGCUUCAUCCUGGUGUUUCUGAAGCCGAAGAAUACAGGUUGUCGGAACGAUUGGCGAAAAUAAAAAUGGAAUUCUAAGGAAAGAAACAGCUUCUUGAUUUUGUCAGAGCUGAGGAUAAUAUAUGUUUUGUAUGUAUGUGUAUACAUUCAAAAGACAUUGUAGGUAAGCAUCUUUUUUGUAAUCUAUACAGUUGAAUGUUCAUUGAUAUUUUGCA